AUGCCCGUGGCGAACUCGCGCCUGGCGGGCUUCCACAAGCUGACGGUCGCCGAGCGGCGCGCGGCCGUCGCCGAGGCGGCGUCGCUGUCCGAGGGCGACGUCGCGGCGCUGGCGCGCGAGGGCGAGCUGCCGCUCGCCGUCGCCGACCGCAUGAUCGAGAACGUCAUCGGCACCUACAGCCUGCCCGUGGGCGUGGCGACGAACUUCGUCAUCGACGGCCGCCACUACCUCAUCCCCUUCGUCCUCGAGGAGGCGUCCGUCGUCGCCGCGGCGAGCAACAUGGCGAAGCGGUGCCUGAAGAAGGGCGGCUUCACGAGCGAGUGCGACGCGCCCGUCAUGAUCGGCCAGAUCGAGGUCCGGGGCUGCGCGCACCCCCGGGAGGCGGCGGACGCCGUCGUCGCGGCGCGGGACGACGUCGGAAAGAGAUGCGACGCCGCGAUGCCGAGCAUGGUGGCGCGCGGCGGCGGCUUCCGGGGCCUCGAGGCGCGCGUCGUCGACGGGCCCGGCGGCCCGCUCGUCGUGUGCCACCUCCUCGUCGACUGCCGCGACGCCAUGGGCGCGAACCUCGUGAACACGCUCGCGGAGGCGCUCUCGGACUACGUCGCGUCGCUCUGCGGCGCCGGCGCGCGCGCGGGCCUCCGCAUCCUCAGCAACCUCGCGACGGAGCGCCUCGCGCGCGUCAGCGCGACCUUCACGCCCGGCGAGCUCGCGGCGACACCCGACGAGGGCGCCACGGUCGUCGACGCGAUCCUCGAGGCCUUCGACUUCGCGCGGGCCGACCCGUGGCGCGCGCGCACGACUGUGUGCACCAACAACAAAGGCGUCAUGAACGCGAUCUCCUCCGUCGCCGUCGCGACGGGCCAGGACUGGCGCGCCAUCGAGGCCGGCGCCCACGCCUACGUCGGCUACGGCACUAGCUACGGCCCCAUGACCGCGUGGUCCAAGAACGACGACGGCGACCUCGUCGGGUCGAUCACCGUGCCCAUGGCCGUGGGCCUCGUCGGCGGCGCCUGCAAGGUCCACCCGGCGGCGAAGGCGAACCUGAACAUCCUCGGCGUGGACAAGGCCGUGGACUUGGCGAAGGUCAUGGCCGCGGCGGGCCUCGCGCAGAACCUCGCCGCGCUCAAGGCGCUCGCCACGGAGGGCAUCCAGCGCGGCCACAUGGCGCUCCACGCGCGGUCCCGCGGCGACCAGGCCUAG